ACCAGUAAGACAACCUUUUCCGGCAAUGCCACCUCCUAGUGGUAGAGCUGUUUCACAUGUGUGGUCGUAUUUCACAAAAGAACCAACCGAGAAUCCAGAUAUUUUCUUAUGCACUUGUCAAAUUUGUGAAAGUCAAGGAGUAAAGCCCUUAGUUUCAUACAGUUUCACCAGAGGUGGUGGAACGGGAUCUUUUAACAAACAUUUGGUAAAGAAGCAUGGAAUCACAAAAGAAACUCAUGCAACAAGCGACAGCGGGACCACAAGUGGAAAUUAUAUCAUUCCUAAGCUUCCGUACUGCAUACACCGUGGCUGCAAUAGCCACCAACACCGUAAGCUUCUUCAAUCUGGCUCCCUUUAUGUUCCACCCUUUUUGUAG